GGGGAGCACCUGGGGUUUGGGGUGACACUGGCUCCUCAGUGCCAUUUUGAACCUCCUCGCCCAGGGAUCACAGGGAUCCUAAUGAGUGCGGCCGGGCUGCCUGUCUGCCUGACACGGCCCCCCAAGCUGGUGCUGCACCCCCCGCCUGUCAGCAAGAGCGAGAUCCAGUCCAUCCCCGGCAUCUCUCACACCUGCCGCAAGACCACCAAGAAACAGGCUAAGAAGGGUAAAACUCCAGAGGAGGUACUGAAAAAAUACCUGCAGAAGGUGCGGCAUCCGCCGGAUGAGGACUGCACCAUCUGCAUGGAGCGCCUCUCUGCACCUUCUGGCUACAAGGGACCCCAGCCAGCCGUCAAGCCCGACCUGGUGGGGAAGCUGGUGAAAUGCGGCCACGUCUUCCACCUCCACUGUCUGGUCGCCAUGUACAACAACGGCAACAAGGAUGGGAGCCUGCAGUGUCCCACCUGCAAAACCAUCUAUGGAGUGAAGACUGGGACACAGCCCCCAGGGAAGAUGGAGUAUCACAUCAUCCCUCACGCAUUGCCUGGCCACUCUGACUGCAAAACCAUCCGCAUCAUCUACAACAUCCCCCCAGGGGUGCAGGGACCGGAGCAUCCAAACCCCGGGAAGAGUUUCACUGCCCGUGGCUUCCCCCGGCAUUGCUACCUGCCGGACAGCGAGAAGGGCAGAAAGGUACUGAAGUUGCUGCUGGUAGCCUGGGACCGGCGCUUGAUCUUUGCAAUCGGGACCUCCAGCACCACAGGCGAGUCAGACACAGUGAUCUGGAAUGAGAUCCACCACAAGACAGAGUUCGGCUCCAACCUCACCGGCCACGGCUACCCUGACAUCAACUACCUGGACAAUGUCCUGGCUGAGCUCGCAGCCCAGGGCAUCACGGAGGAGAGCCUGGUGCAGGAGAAGGACUGA